AUGGCUAACCUGCCCACCCUUCCCGUUGAACUUCUUCUGCAAAUAAGUAAAUACCUUUGUCCCCAUUGUAGCGGCCCAUAUCCCACAGUUUGCCAGACGAAAUCCCUCUCCCGGCUGACUCGGACAUGUCGAGGACUGCGAGACAUCCUGCAGCCCUAUCUCUUCCACCACUACUACCACACCAGCGAGCCUGCUGCCCGUCUCCUCUCUUUUCUCCGAGCCCUGUACACCCGCCCUGAUCUGACAGAGUGUGUGACAAGUCUCGGAUUCCACGAAUCAUGCCGAUACGACAAGCUAGGCGAGGACGACCGAGCCAUGGUCGAAGACUGUCUAGCCCGUCUCGGCCUCCCCGCGCUGCCCGACGACUGGCACGACCACGUCGUCGAGAACAGGAGCCAUAUCCCUAUGGAAGUCAUCAUUGCAAGCUGUCCGAACCUCGAGACGCUCGAGAUCCCCGUGAACCCGGAAUGGAUGCUCGACGUGGUGGAGUCCUUCCCUUGUGUGUCGAAGCCGAUCGUGCUCGACAAGCUGCGGAAGCUGCGUGUGUCUCAUUUUUAUAUCAGCGGAGACCACUGGGCCGUGCCGUACGGCCAGAUCGAGCCCUUGCUGAGCGCGGCGCCGAACCUCGAGCAGCUGACCCUGCCCACCCUCGACUCGUUCUACGAGGACACGCAUGGGCUGCCGCCUCUCGAGAUGCUGACGCUCCUGGAUUUGGACGAGAAUGCGGCGACGCCGUAUUUCCUCCAGCGUAUCCUGUCUGUGUGUCCGCGUCUGGAGAAGUUUGUUCUGUACUGGAUCGGCGCAGACGGAUACGGUGAGCCCUCUGACGACUGGUCGCCGAUGGACGUGUGGAAAGCCCUGAGGCAGGCGCGAGACUCCCUCCGCGAGCUCACAUUUGAGUCUAUCAAUGAGGAGCCAGAAGGGCGCGUCAUCGCGGAUUGCCUGUCGACGCUCAAUGAGUUUACGAAGCUGGAGGUGCUCGCCGUCAAUGGCAUCGCGCUGGCGGUGAUCUACCAGACCUGGGUGCGGCGGGAUCACAACCACGACAUGGAGGAAUUUGUUCACCAAUUAUUUCCUUCGACCGUCAAGGAAAUUACCCUGUGCGAUCCGAGCGGACCAUUCCUGGAGGCGGUGCGCCUGCUAGCGCAGGAGGGCGCGCGCCAGCGGUAUCCCAACCUGCGCAAGAUAUCCAUCACGCAGUCGCAGCAUCUCCAGACGUUUUGGGGCGAUGCGGUACAGUGGGUGAGGAACCAGGAGAGCUUACGGCGCAAGUUCCAGAACACAGGGGUGGAAUUAUGUAUAGAUUUGCCGCCGAUCCCAGACACAAUCCAGGAGUGGCCGAUGUUCCUCAGAUAG